GAGAAUGGGUGACGGAGUGACUGCGGAUGGGGGGGGGAAGGAGCGAUCAACUUCCGGAGCAACUACGGAGCAACUACGGAGCAACCACAAAAAGGCCCGAGCAUCGGCGCUGUCUUGAGCCUAACUGUUUUUGGGUAGCUCGCACAAACACGCCAAGGAGGAAUGCAAACAGCCAAAAGUUUGGGCGAAAUCGAUAAGACGAUUUUCUACGACGGUCAACGAACGACGAUAUUGCAUCAGUAUUCACCCGACCGAUUCGUGCUGUGGCAGUUUCAAGAUGGGACGCGAGAUACAGAAGAAGAAGAACCGGUCUUCAUUGCCGAAGAACCGGUCGAAGAAGAGGGGCACGCUGAAGAAUGGCAACAAGAAAAUCAACGUGCUGGGCAACGCCAUUAUCGCAGAGAAUUGGGAUCGAAACCAGACUCUCACGCAAAACUAUCGACGACUGGGUUUAGUCCACCGCUUGAAUGCCCCCACGGGCGGAGUCGAGAAACGAGCCAAGGAUGAUGGCUCGACCGAGGAGGUGACUGAUUCCCUGCACAUCACCGGGAGUAUCAAGACAUCGACCAAACUCAGCCUCGGCGAGACGCGGGUAGAGAGGGAUCCCGAGACCGGGAAGAUCCUGCGGGUGAUUCGCGACGACGACAAGGACGAGGAGAUUGAGAUCGCUGGCCGCAAGCUGCGACGCACGAACCCGCUCAACGACCCGCUGAACGAUCUGUCGGACAAUGAGGAUGCGAUGCCGUCGCGCUCCAGCGCCGCAGACUCGGCCAUUGUGCGGAAGCUGGAGCUGCAGGCCGCCAGGGAGAGCGCGGCGGUUCAGAAGAAGAAGCCCCGGCACCAGAGCCAGCGAGAGAACGAAUGGAUCUCGCGCCUGGUCGACAAGUACGGCGAGGACUACCGCGCAAUGAGCCGCGACAGGAAGAUGAACCCCAUGCAGCAGACCGAGGGGGAUCUGCGUCGCAGAGUCCGCAAGUGGAAGCAGGCGAAUGCUUAACCACGGCUUUGCUUGGUUGGUCUUUAUGCAUCCUUUGGGCGAAUCUGGCGUUGUAGAUGGUAUUUGUGUCAAAAGUGCUUUUAGUGUUGAGGGGAAGGGUUGACUAUACCUAGGCUUGAGUACAUAUUGCAAUCCAUCUUUCUUUCAUCACUUCUUUCUCUCUCUCUCUCUCUCUCUCUUCCCCACGGUGAAUACCUGGGGGGUUGUUUCAGUUUCUAGGCUAGUGAAGGGUGGUUCUAGAAUCAUAUCUACUGAUGAAGAAGAGCUGCCACAUGCGUAGAAGCAAACACUAGACGCGUCUUUCUAUCCUCUCUUUUCUUUCUCCCCUCGAUUGUCCUUUGUCUCUAACCUUUUCACUAUCCCUUAUUACCU